AUGAAAACAGGCUUAACCAUCUUGCAGCUGUCCUUUUGCCUCAGCCUAAUCGUGGUUGUAUCCCUAUCUAUGGGGAUGCGUCCAGAAACAUGUGACCACUACGAGUGUCCAACCUAUGAAAUGGCAGAAUCCAGAAAUGGCUACGAGAUUCGUGUGUAUAAAUCUGCGGUCUGGAUGUCCACUGGGCCUAUCACUGCCCCAUCCAUGACUGAAGCCUCCAAAACCGGUUUCCAACGACUAUUUCGUUACAUACAAGGAGAUAACAAGAGCAAGACAAAGAUGAACAUGACAGCUCCGGUUAUCACACAAAAACCACCCGGUAAAUCAGUCUACACUGUCUCUUUCUACCUCCCAAAGAAGAACCAACAAAACCCACCUUUGGCCGAUGACCUCCACGUGCAGACAUGGAAACCUACCUACGUAGCCAUGAGGCAGUUCAGUGGGUAUGUGACGGAUGAUAUAGCCAAGAAAGAAGCUGCAGCUCUGAUGGACAGCCUCAAGAAUACUAAAUGGAAAGUGCACAUCGAGCAGAGCAAAGGAAAGUCGCCCGAGUAUUUAGUAGCCGGUUACAGCCCGCCGUUCCAGACCACAGCUAGAGUUAAUGAGAUUCUGGUCCCGUUUACCAUGUAA